GUUUCUUCUGGUAGUACUGUACUUACAUGUUGCCGGAGUUGGUAGCUGGCCGCCUGCAUCUUCAACCGCUGCCACGGAGGGUCCCAGAACAAGAUCUGAAAUCGUUGCAGAUGUUGGAGGAGGCGUUGGAUCAAGGAUAUUAGCCGCUCCCGGGACAGUUGCUGCAGGAGCAAACGUCACGAUGAAAACUGGUACAGGCACCGGAGCAAGGGUCUGGGGCGUAAAUGGUGGCGAUAUGGGCAUUGGGGGUAUGGAUGGUGGGAAGAACACAGGGAAAGGUGUUGGGACAGGGGCUAAAGUGGGAACAACAGGAGCUUUCGUUGGCGCAUCGGUAGGCACUACGGGCAUUUUCGUUGGCGAAAGCGUAGGCUUUCCAGUCGGUCUUAGAGUAGGCCUCAACGUUGGCUUUCCUGUAGGUUUUUUGGUCGGCUUUCUGGUCGGCACUCCGGUUGGCUUCUUGGUCGGCUUUCUAGUCGGUACUCUGGUUGGCUUCUUGGUCGGUUUGCGAGUUGGUUGCUUAGUCGGUUUAUGCGUCGGCCGGCCAGUUGGUUUCUUGGUAGGUUUGGCUGAGGGAUACUUUGUUGGCUUAAAGGAUGGUUUCUGUGUUGGAGAUUUUGUCGGAGGUAGAGUUGGAUACUUAGUCGGAACUUUUGUUGGUUUUUGCGUCGGAAAAUUUGUUGGAGCCCUCGUUGGCCAUUUGGUAGGCACAUCCGUGGGCACUGUUCGAACAAUAUUAUUGAUUUCAGUGGUACUUGAACUCGAAGUAGCAGUCCCUGCUGGAGUUGGUGCCGGAGUCUGGGCAUUGCUGACACCUGCGAUCACGGCUAACAAGCAGACAAGUAGAAAUCGACUGGUUACAAACAUCUUUGUUCUCUUCAGUGUAGCAAAUCUGGAGGGAUCUUUCCUGCGAUUGAGUUGUGUUUUUCUUUACUGUGAUACAAUGUGCGAAGUAGUUGUAAUGGUUAGGUGUUAUUCUGUCUCAAAAAUUUGGAUACCACAAUGCGGAAUAAUAGAUAAGAUGCCUUUUAAAGUUGUGAACGUUUAGUUAUUUCUCAACUUUACAGGAAGCAACUUGUGAUGUGGAAUCUAGAAUCUAGGGGCUCGUCUGCGAAGAGAUGUCAAUCAAGUCGACCAAAACUA